AUGUCGAAGUGUCCCAAAUGCGGAAGAUCAAUGGAGUCCAGGUACCCUACCUACAAGCCUCCUGCCGAAAGUCACAGACCAAGUUCGGGCUCCAGCCAUCCCUCGGGGUCCAGCCGUCCUUCUGGCUCCCAUGCCCAACGCCCAGGCUCAUCUGCCAACACCCUUCUAUCAAGUGGCAAGAGCUUGUUCAAGUCCCAGAAAGACGUCAGCAUGUCGAAACUGCAGACCAAGCGCUCAAGAAUGCCAGACGACAGCCGGCAAGCAAAAGAGCAAGACGUGUGGGCCAACACGCAACUCGCACAGAAUGGUGCAUCUGCUUGCCCAGUUGGCCUCCUCUGGAGCAGAGAUAGGGACGGGUAUCGCUGUAUUGGCGGAGGUCACUUUGUAUCAGAUCAGCAGGUUGCUGAUGGGAAAGGAGGAUGGUAUUAUGGGGGUGCUGACAAACAUGGAAUCAUGGUGCAGUGGUAUGGUCCGUUUUAUGAGAAAGAUCCUUUCUCUUCAAGAAUGAGUGAAGAAAAGUUGAGGAUGGUCAGGAAGGUUCAUUUCGGGAGUGAGAAUCCUACUGCGGAGGAUAAGAUAUGGACGAAAUCGCUUCCCAGGCCUAGUGAUUCGGAAUUGUCACGCAAGAUGGCUUCUUUGGGCAUCACUGACGUAGACUCGUAUCGGAAGCAUGUUCUGAAAAAGCUCCAUGGUUUCAACAAGCUCCUAGGCUCAAAUGGUGUUGUACGUUUAAAUGGUUUCCCGGGCUCAGGUGCCUUAGACCGCUUCUUUGAUCCUCAUCAUUAGACUGGAAGUGGUCGAACAAGUUAUAUGCUCGCGAUUGCGAGAUACUAAGUAGCCUAAUGAAAAAGGAUAAAACUGACAGAG